AGUAGUUGGUACAAAAAUCUGCAAGGAUCUUUUGUUUCUUGGCUCGUCUCACGUCCCAAUUGAUGGAAUCCCUGCAAUUGACUCAAGACUGGCACUCCACUCAUUUCAGUUUCAUGAACAGCCUCUCUUCUCAACUCAAACUCAAACUCAAACUCAAACCCAUCAAAGUUAAGGCCUUCUCUGCUGCUGCUGCUGCUGCUUCUUCUUCUCAAAUCAGAAGAUGCGGAAAGGCGAAGGCCUCCGAUGCUCAGCUGAAAGAGAAUUGGCUGUCUUCACUGUCUUACCCUCUUUUGAGUGAAGACACACAGCAACACCAAAGUGAUGCCUCCAACUUCAAAUGGGUUCUUGGAAUCGACCCUGACGUCUCUGGCGCUGUGGCGCUCUUGAAAACUCAACAUUCUCAUUCUGAUUCUGCGCCUCAGGUAUUCGAUUCCCCUUUUGUGAAAAUACUUGUUGGGAAAAGAACUCGAAGACGGUUAGAUGCAAAAUCCAUGGUUCAGUUGGUUCGUAGUUUUGAUGCUCCAGUUGGAACCAUUGCAUACAUAGAGCAAUCACUCCCUUGUCCACAAGAUGGAAAACAGGGCUGGUGGAGUGGAGGAUUCGGAUAUGGACUGUGGAUUGGGAUCUUAGUUGCUUCAGGAUUUUCUGUUGUUCCGGUGCCAUCUUUUACUUGGAAAGCAAAAUUUGAACUCUCUGGAAACCGGUCCACAAAGGAUGACAGCAGGAGAGUUGCGUCUACAUUAUUUCCAUCACUGGAAUCCCUGUUGAGUAGGAAGAAAGAUCAUGGAAGGGCAGAGGCUUUACUAAUUGCUGCAUAUGGGAAAGAUCAGAAUAAUGUUAAUAACUUGGGAUCAUCUUGUGACGCUAUCUUAGAGAAAUUGUCUUGAAAAGUUGGCAUGCAAAUAUUUAAGUGGCCACAGUGCCUGAUUCUUUUCCUAAUCUUGUAAUUUGAAUACCAUUAUUGUUGUAAACUAUAUUUUAGUUCAGGACAAAUGAUAUUAUACUCA